AGGGGCGGGGAGAAACUCCUGGUAGGUUGGUAGGGGAAGGGAUAAAAUAUACAGAAAUGUUGGAUCCAAUCCGAUCUUUGCAAGUCCGGCAUUGCUUGGACGUUUGUGUUAAACCACACAUACAACUGCGACGCACCUACUUGUCUUCAAGGUGUAGCGUAGGUGCUCGACCACUCUUCAAGCUUACCUAACUGUGAAAGGUUGUUUCACCCCUUUAUCCCUGCCGAACAACUUACGCAACAAUGGGAAAGAAAAAGUCUACAAGUGAGGCAGAUGCAGCAGCAGAGCCAACAAGAAAGUCUCCACGGUUCCAAAAAACUACUGCAGCCCCACUGCCAAAGAAGAAAAAGGAAACUCCCAAAAGCAAAAAGGUAGUAGCGCCCAAAGUAGUAGAAAAGGAAGAAGAACCUCAAGAAGACACAGUAGAGGCCCCUACAGAAAACGGGGAGGCCGACUCAAAGGAGCAGGUUGCAUCGGAAGAUGAGGCCCCAAAGAAGGAGGAAGAGGCUGAAGAGACUGAGAAUGGAGAUAACGAAGAGAAUGAAGAGAAUGAAGAGGAGGAAAAAGCAGCAGAGUAGUUGUGACACCUUGAAAAUCACUCAGCAGGGUGCUUUCUCUCACCUUGUUUGAUUCAGAGAUUUAUUUUCACCAACUUUUUUCAUAUGGCAGUAAUUGCUUUGGAAAGGUGGAAAUGUAUUUUUAAAACCCUACAAUUUCCUUUCAUUUUCAUGGUUUCUGUGAAGGGAAAUAUCAGUAACUAGGGUGUUUUUUUUUCUUUGUAUUAGUGUAUUGUCUCUUUUCACUUAUUUUGCUUUUAUAGGUUGUAGUCUUUAUGAUGUGAAGUCAUGAAUUUGAUGUUCACUUUGGAUAGAGAUAUUCUCAUAUGGUGUGUUGAUACAUUUUGUAACCUUAGAACCUUUUUAUUCUAAUACAUUAAAAUUGAUAGGGUACAGACUGAUCCAAAGUUGGAGAACUGGGUUAUAUACUUAGUCUAUUUGCAAUUUUCACCUUAAUGAUGUGCACCUCAGUGAGGACUUGUGGGAGUUUUAUGCAGUAAGUGAUUGUUCAUUUGAGUAUUAUUAAAUUGGUCCAUAUUCA